CUCACCCAGAGGCUGUACUAGAUCGUCUGUUCAUCAAGAUCAGGGCGGUGUCUUCCAGAAUACCACAUGUCACGGACGCAUUUAUCGGCGUUCUGUUUUUACGUCGGAAGGAGCACUCUCUUCGGCAAAUGUCGCCCCGGCAACGUAUCUCGACGCGCACGCAUCUGUAUGUUCGUUGCAAGGGUUUUCAUCCGCCUAAGGUCUUGCGAAUCAAUUGUUGUCUCAGAAAGGAAAUUUCUGCCCUACGGUUAUCCUUCCAUCAGGAGUAGAGGGGCCCAAGUCCGCAUAUCAGCACGUACACAGGCAAAGUGUGGUAGUCUGCAAGCCGUCUGCAGCGGUACCUGCGGACUCCAUGUCCAGCCCGUGCAUUUCCGCGUGCUUUCAUUUUGCAGUUUGACUGGAUGCUGAGCGCUGGAUGUUCCUCCUCCCUACCUAAUGUCGUCAUCCGAUAGAGUGCCCGAUAGGGGACUCGAGCAAUCGCUGCAGUCGUCCCAGACUUUUCCUUCUUCCCAGGAUUCCUCUGUACAGCAUCCCACCGUCGAUGGAAGGACCCGGGAAGAGUUUAAAGUGACGGAGGCCGAAGACGCGGGUAAAGGAGAAAAUGGCUUUCUCUGUGAUGCGCCUCCCUUCCUUCACAGACCCAGAUUCCUUAAAGUUCUCUCACGCAUUCUGUGCGGGGAUGAAAACGUUUGGACCCCCUCGUCUUCACCCCAGCACAGAAUCCCACGGCAUGUGGAUGCAGGUGACUCUCGCAAUCUGGGUGUUGUAGAUUCCUCUUCUACAUCAUGUUCCCACUUCUCGCUCCCGCCUACAUCGCCGGCUCCUUCUCUGCCGUCUUGUCCUCCUGUAGCUUCUUCCGGGGGGUCUUUCAUAAUGGCUUUGGCGUUCGGCAGCACGGUGUGGUGGUGUUGGCGGUCACUUCGUACAGUAGAAAAAGAACUCAGCAGACGUUAUGCAGAUACAGCAUAUCAAAUUCGACGACCUGACGCUCUGAGUAAUCGCAUCGUCGCUUUCAAAUACCUCGUGGGAGGAGGGCUGGCGAUUCCUCUUCUUGCUUUGGGAGCAUGUGCUGUGACUUCCUUCCGAAGGAAAACGCCUCGCGCCUCUGAGGCAAUCGAGAAGAUGUGCGUGAGCUCGCGGAAUGUAGACGCACAGCAGAGAGAAUCCGAGAACAGCGCGACAGCGAGCGUUCCUGCGAUCAAGAAACUGCCAAAUAGCUGGGAACUUGCUUUGCGUGAACGCGUUCAACUGUUUUCUAAAGGCUAUCGGGAGUUCAUUACGGUUGUCAUGCCGCAGCAAGAGGCGUGGCGUCAGUGGGCGUCUGCGGCACGGCCAGGACAGUCCACAGGCCCCCUGGCUUUCUCGUACCGCCACCGAGAGAGAAGCGAUGGGUAGAGAAGCCUUUCCCACUGCAAUGAUAGAAGCUGCAUUUACAAUCAGACAGUCGCUGAAGUAUGUGCGGCGGCUCGAGUGAGCAUCAUCUGAUACCAAUGAAGCUGAAAGUCUACUCGAUGUGCGCCCGAACUUCCGAGGCCUUUUUCACCAUGCUUUGGAACUUAUCAAUGCUUGGGCUGUUGCUUUUACACAGGGAAAAAGCCUUUCCAGUUAAAAAAAGAUCAUGUCGUAUCCUCUUUUAUGGUGUCUGUUUCAUUUUUGGAGGCUGCGCUCUUGGAAAUGCUCACGAAGGUGGGGCCUUCGAUCAGUGCUUUGACCAAGUGUCAGUGUACAAAACCCAGCGGAUGGUGCCGGUUCAAAUGGAGGUACUAGAAAACUUCUGACCGCUAAUCGUCUGGAGUUUCCGCUAGAAUCCAAUGCCACGCAGAGUACAGUAUUCCUGCCGUGCUGAGAAAUCUCAGCAUUAGAUGCAAACUGGGUAUGUAUGAAUUCUGUCUUCUCGACAGGAUAUAUACUGUCAACACCGAUGUGUGGCACGAGGAGACAACACUCACUGCUGGUCACGUGUGUGGUAGUCAGUUAAGCGUAGCGAGGAUCCCACGAAAACAGAUGACAGCUGUUAUUUAAUCCAUCAGCGAUGUGAGCUCUCCCAAAAUCCAUCUUGCUUCGUUAUUGGGGACGCAUCUUCUGCAGACUACCACUGGCAGGUCAAUACACUCUGCUGUUAGAGUGUCGUUCUGGAAAUUGUCUCCAUCUAUACUUGACGCAUUCGGCGGUCUCGGCGGCAGUGCGAUGAAGCAUCACGUUCAAGUCUCAUACGUCACACCCGAACAAGGGGCCCCUGCAAGGGUCCGUCCAGUUCAUGUGUAAGCAUCUGUCGCCGUAUGCUCCGACGGUCGGGUAGUUCUAGCGAAAAGAUAAGAAGCAAGGCGGACAUAUACAGACCAGCCAUAGGGUGCCGUCCCUGUCACCUGGUUUAGACAGUUCUGUAUCGAUCGGCUUGCCAUGAUUUUCUCUCCAAGUUAUGGCAUUUCUCAUGUAGAUCGUUUCAAGACACGACAAGUGAGUACUGAAGUGUAACCGGGAUACGCAGCCGUUCAACACCAUGUUGAAGGGGGAGAGAGUCUUGUCCCUUCAGGGUGACAACGUUGUGCAGAUCCGUACAUGCUAUCAGCCUUGUUUGGUCGGUGAGUGUAAGAUUUUUUGUACGUCAUUGCGUCUAUCGUCCCGCGUCGGCGUUGCUGUCUGCAGCGCAUCGUGGCCUGGCGCCGACUUCACUAAGCCCAGGAGUGUUCCGCCGAGUCAUAAAUUACCUCUUCACAUAACAG